AAGAAGAGGCCGCGUAGUUGCCUUCUUCUUGCUUUAAAAAUCAGCCUUCCUUCCUUUCUUCAUUCUCCUCUCAACUAAAAACCUAAACCCUUCCUCUCUCCCUUCCUCCAUUAAUAUCCAUUCUUAGUCUCUUCACCAUUUCUCACUCUCUUCCUCUAAAGAUUCUUUAAUCUUUGACGCUGCCUCUCUGUAUUGCUCGAUUGAUUUCUUCACAUGGAUGCGAUUUCUGAAGACCUGAGGAGUUCUGAUUUCAUGGACCACCGACCGAGUAAACGCCGAAAAAUCGAAUCGGAGAAUCAUGCGGCCGACAUUUGCGGCACGGACUUCACAACACGCUGGACAACAGACUCGGAGCAGCGGAUUUACUCUUCCAAAUUAGUUGAUGCUCUUCAUCGAAUAACUGCUCAGAAAUCCGCAUCGCUUCCACCGAGAUCUUCGAUUGACGGCCGCAAAGUCCGCGAGACGGCGGACCGAGUUCUCGCCGUCGCGGCUAAAGGUAAGACUCGCUGGAGCAGAGCAAUCCUCACGAAUCGACUCGGACUCAAACUCAAGAAGGUGAAGCCGGUCGGAAACUGUAUCCGGCCGAAGAAAUUGAAAAUUAGGUCCGAGACGAGAAAAUUGCCGACGGUGCAGAGGAAAGUUCGAACUCUCGGCCGGCUGGUUCCCGGCUGCCGGAAAAUCUCAUUUCCGAACCUUCUUGAAGAAGCGUCGGAUUACAUCGCCGCUCUACAGAUGCAGGUCCGCGCCAUGACGGCCGUCGCCGAGCUUCUCGCCGGCGCUCCGGCUGAUCGUCAAAGUUUUAGAACAAACUCGUAGAAGCCACCCUAAAGGCUUGUAAUGCCAGGUGUUUUUUUCUUUUUUUAAUCUUUUUAUUUUUCUUUCACGAAUAUUAUUCGUGUAUUGUUAUGAAAUAUUUUAUUGUACACAUUUUUAAUCUCCAUUUCUUUUUUUCUUUUUAUUUUUGGGUUUAAUUUUUUUUAUUGAAAAGUAGUACCUAAUGUUGAUUCUCUUAAUAUAAUAAGAGAAGAAAGAUGAGCCCCAAUGAAAUUAGGAAUUUAGGGUUUGCUAAUUUUUUUUUA